AUGUCCUCAGGCGACUUCAACUUCCCAGAUUUUGGCGCCACCUACUCUUCGCCCUCCAUUCCGUCGUACCAGGACAACCUGGGCAGCCUGCACCAGCCCAUCCAACCCGGCCCGCCGUCCGUCUACUCGGCAUCUAACUCCGUCAGCCACCCGCAUUCUCGCAGCCACCACAACCCCAGCUAUGCGUCCACUGCACCCACGCCGCCGCGGAUAGCCGCCGCCGCUGACAAGCGGAAGGCCGAUGUACUGAGCCACCAGCCACAGCCGGCAGGACGCGGCGCUGUCUCGUUUGAGGACCAGACCCGCGUUGCCGCCGAGGAGGACAAGCGCCGCCGCAACACGGCAGCCAGCGCCCGCUUCCGCAUCAAGAAGAAGCAGCGCGAGCAGGCCCUCGAAAAGUCCGCCAAGGAGAUGAACGAAAAGGUUCACGCCCUUGACAACCGCAUCCAACAGCUCGAGACGGAGAACAAGUGGCUGAAGAGCAUCGUGCUCGAGAAGAACGCCGGCAACGAGGAGUUCCUGGGAAAGCUGCUCGAGGAUUUCAAGUCCAAGCACGCCAACGGCGCAUCAAGUCGCAACGGUGCCGAGGCCGACUCCGAGACGGCCGUUGCUGUCGUUUCCGAUGAGGAGAACGAGACAAGAGACUCGUCAGGCUAG